CUCCCUGCCUGUGAAUAGUCAACAAAUGACGGCCGCGCCUGCCGCUGCCUUGCAGGAUAAGAGAGGGUGGAGAUGGCUUUUUAUUAGAUGUCAUCUUCCCCUCAACUCUCUCAUUCUCAAGUGCACACAAAGAUGGAGAUGCAGCAGGGUGGAGAUGAUGACCGCAUUAGAACAGGGGAUGUGUGGACAGCUACAGCACAUGUAAUUACAGCACUUGUGGGAUCUGGUGUACUGACACUGCCAUGGAGUCUUGCUCAACUAGGCUGGGUAUUGGGUCCCUUUGUUCUAGUUUUCUUUGCAUUCGUUACCUAUUACACUGCCAUUCUCCUAGCAGACUGUUACCGAUCUCCUGACCCAAUCAGUGGAAGACGAAACUACACAUAUAUGAAUGUGAUAAAAGCAUUUCGAGGUGAGAAAGAUGUAUUAAUAUGCGGAAUCACCCAGUAUGCUAUACUAUGGGGAACUAUGGUGGGAUAUACAAUCACUGGUGCUAUGAGUAUGAUGGCCAUUAAGCGAUCAGGUUGCUUCCAUGAGAAGGGUCACGAUGCUAAAUGCGAAGUUUCUGGAACCUUAUAUGCUGUAAUCUUUGGUAUAAUGGAAAUUGUAUUAUCUCAACUCCCAAAUUUAGAGAAGAUUUCGUUUGUUUCAUACAUUGCAGCAGCAAUGUCGGUUGCAUACUCCUUUACUGGGUUAUGCUUGUGCUCGUUGGAGUUUUCUUCCCACCCUGAGAUCAGAGGAACUUUAUUUGGAGUUGAGAUAGGGAGUGGACAUAUCACAUUAUCUACAAAGAUUUGGCGUUCUUUUCAAGCACUUGGCAACAUUGCUUUUGCAUACACUUUUGCCAUGCUUCUAAUAGAGAUCGAGGAUACUCUGAGAGCACCACCACCUGAAAACAAAACGAUCAAUAAAGCAAGUGCAUAUGGCAUUGGAGCAACUACAUUGUUCUACAUCUCCCUCGGUUGUGUGGGAUAUGCAGCCUUUGGAAAUGAUGCACCUGGGAACAUUCUUACCGGAUUUUAUGAACCAUUCUGGCUUAUCGACAUUGCAAAUGUUGCUGUCCUCAUCCAUCUUGUUGGAGCAUAUCAGAUAUUUGCACAACCAUUCUUCGCCUUCUAUGAGCAGUGGCUAGCUACAAGAUGGCCCAAUGUAGGCUUCUUUCACAGGGAUUACACAAUAGGAGUGCCUUUUACCAAAUCAGUAACUCUAAAAUUCACACUCUGCAAACUUCUCCUGCGAACACUCAUGGUAGUUUUUACAACAGUGGUAGCAAUGCUGGUGCCAUUCUUUAAUGCAGUUGUAAGCUUGCUUGGUUCUCUGGGAUUCUGGCCAUUGACGGUAUAUUAUCCUGUGUCAAUGUAUAUAAGCCAAGCGAAAAUCAAGAGGGGACAGCUAAAGUGGGUAAUGUUGCAGAUCAUAAGCAUACUCAGUCUGCUUGUUACCGUAGUUGCCAUCAUUGGAUCAAUCGCAGACAUCAUUCAGCAUCUCAAUCAUGUCGAACUCUUCAAAAUUGAACUAUAAUUCAAUAGACUGCUUACCCACGACAAUCUAUCACAUGGUUGUGAAGUGGAGUUAAAGUCGUGUCAUUUAGUUGGUCAUUGCUAAAGCUAAGCUGUUGCUUUACUGCUGUUUAUGGUUCAAACAUUCGAUAAGUUCCUAUGAAGUUGCCCUUAUUUAAAGUUCAUAUUAUUCAUCU